AUGGCGCCCCAGCAGACGCGCUUCGUCAGCACGUACACGAAGAAGGAGGCGGAGCAGCUCAUGAUCGAGAACCUGGCCAAGAACAUGAGCGAUGCGGACGAGUACUCGGCCAUGAUGGACAUGCACGCUCGAUGCGUCAGCAUCCUCGAGCACCUCUGGGGCGUGCAGAAAGGCGAGAAGGCCAUGGGCACGGCGACGACGGGCUUCAGCGAGGCGAUCCGUCUUGGUGGCCUGGCGAUGGAGAGGCGCUGGCAGGAGAAGCGCAGGGCGGAGGGGGAAGAUACCGGCAAGCCCAACAUCAUCAUGGAUGCGAAAGCGCGGGUUGCGCUGGAGAAGCUGGAUCCGGAGCUGGUCCGGGAGGAUACUGAUGAGAACACGAUAGGAAUGUUUGCCAUACUGGGAAGCACACAUACCGGGCACUACGAGCCUGUCGAAGAAAUCUACCGGCUCCUCGACGAGUACGAUCGGAAGACAAACAUCGACAUCCCCAUCCACGUUGACGCGGCGUCCGGCCGCUUCAUCGCGCCCUUCACGCACGCCAAGGUCGGAGGGCCAAAAUGGAACUUUGAGCGUGUAUUAGCGUGGUGUUUCCUUGAACAUGAAGGGACUGUUCUCGACUCAGCAUUCGACGCGUCCAUCGAGAAGACGCUAAUGCAGCCGCCUAUGUGA